CGCUUGUUACUCUCAGCCUACUUCAGUCUGCGAGACUAUUGCGUCGCUUCCUGACAGCGGAACAAUCGUAGGGCAUUUACUGCUUCGCAAACGGCGACAGGACUGCAGCCAUGGUUCAUUCCCGGACUCUCAGAGUAGAUUAUGACAAAACUACAAGUGUUUUAUGCGUGGUCGGUUCGGAACUUAAUGUGAACCUGAACAGGAGUGCCCCACCAAACUCCAAGUUCUUCUCUGUGAAGUGCACUCCCAAUGUUCAGUACAGCAUCAGCCCGAAGCCACGGGAGACGCUCAUCCUCUCUCCCACCCCCCUCGAUGGAAAAUCAGUACUACUCAUCAGCAUGAGCAGUGCCAGUCAAAAUGAGAAUGAUAGCAAGUUGUCUAUCCAGUACUAUGGGGUGAAUAAAGAGAUGUUGGGGAAAGCGAUCCUUCACCUCACAGCUGUUGAGAUCUCUCUGGAUGUGGAUGCUGACAGAGACGGUGUUGUGGAGAAAAACAACCCUAAUAAGGGAUCCUGGAAAUGGGGUCCUAAAGGGCAUGGAGCCAUCGUAUUGGUCAACUGUGACUCAGAGCGGACCUACUGGAAGCAGCCAGACAGCGAGGAGGACUUCAUCUCCAAAGUGUCAGAUCUGAAAGACAUGUCUGUCAUGGUGCUGCGGACCAAAGGCCCUGCUCAACUCCCAGAGGGCUACAAGCUCACAAUGCACAUCUCUCAGGGAGACGCAGAGAGUGUCAGAGUCUUCCAGUCCAAAUCCUCUGAAGUGUCGAAUAAUCCCCUGAAUAAACUCUUUGACUACUUUGUAAAGGACUAUCCACUGGUCCUGAGUAGUAAGGUCCUGUCACAGGAAGUGCCUUACCUCGGAGGUGUUGCAGAGAUGAACUUUUAUGUGGAGGGCCUCAGGUUUCCUGACAAAGACUUCGAUGGUCUUGUCAGCAUCAACCUCAGUCUGCUGGAGCCCAUCAGUGCAGGUGUCCCUGAGACGCCUAUUUUCACAGACAAAGUCGUGUUCAAAGUGGCUCCGUGGAUCAUGACACCAAACACCCUCCAGCCUGUGGAGGUGUUUGUCUGCAGCACAUCUGAUAACUACCAGUUCCUUAAAGUAAUGAGGAACCUUGUGGCAAAGAGUGGAUACAAGCUGAAGAUUUGCCAUAAGUAUCAGAAUAGAGGAGAUCGAUGGAUGCAGGAUGAGCUGGAGUUUGGCUACAUCGACUCACCUCAUCAACAGUUUCCUGUUGUUCUGGAUUCCCCUCGAGAUGGAAAACUCCAGGAUUUUCCAUAUGAUGAGCUACUGGGACCCGACUUUGGCUAUGUGACGAGGGUGGCCAAGAGAAAAGAUGUGAGCAGUCUGGACUCAUUCGGUAAUCUGGAGGUUAGUCCUCCCGUCACUGUGAAUGGAAAAAACUACCCCCUGGGCAGAAUCAUCAUUGGAGUGGCCUUCCCCACGGCAACUAAAGGACGGAACAUGACCAAAGUUGUACAAGACUUCUUGUGGGCUCAGAAGGUUCAGGAGCCCAUUGCCUUAUUUUCUGACUGGCUCUAUGUCGGCCACAUAGAUGAAUUCAUGACUUUUGUCCCUGCACCUGACAGAAAGGGCUUCCGCCUGCUGCUGGCCAGCCCAGACGCAAGCUACAAACUAUUCAGGGGUUUACAGAAGGACGGACACGGACAAGCAAAACUGUUUGAGGGUCUGAAAGAUGAAGAACCAAUCACCGUGGAUGAAAUACUUGAAGAUAGUAGUCUUCAAGAUGAAAAUAACUAUGUGCAGAGCUGCAUCGACUGGAAUAGGGAUGUACUGAAGAAAGAGCUGGGCCUGGAUGAUGAGGACAUCAUCGACCUGCCAAUACUCUUCAAGUUACUGGUAGAGGACGAGGGGGAGGCGUACAGAGCUGUGGCUUACUACCCUGACAUGGUGAACAUGAUUGUCUUGGGGAAAAACCUCGGCAUCCCGAAGCCCUUUGGGCCCAAGGUGAAUGGACGCUGUGUCCUGGAGGCUGAGAUGUGCUCCCUGAUGGAGGGCCUGGGUCUCAACUGCACGUUCAUUGAUGACUUUGCCACUUACCACAAACUACUGGGAGAGGUGCACUGUGGCUCCAACGUCCGCAGAGAACCAUUUCAAUUCAAGUGGUGGAACCUGGAGAUGUGAAUGAAAACUCUACAGCUGAUGGAGAUUGCUUUGACAGGCAGAAAGUUUGUUUGUUUAAGACAACAAUGGCACCAGGAGUGUGCUUGAGGUUGGAAGAGAUGUUUUUCUUGUUAAAGCCUUACAUUAUCGCUAUGUCUUUAAAUCACAAAAUGCUUAAAUUUCUUAUCAUUUUGGAAAUACAUGCCACUUCCAAACAAUGUUAGCCUCAUUUUCAUACCAACAUACUCUCACAUUACCCAUUUAUGUUAGAAGAUUUACCCCAGGGAUCAUGAUCUACUGUAUGCAUCUUUAUCUUUAUUAAACAUUUUUGUUGGUUUUAUUUACAAAAUGAUGAAAAGCAAUAUAUACAAACAAAUCUUUUGAACAAGGGCUUAAGCAGACUGUUGACAAGAACAGAAAAUACAAUCAUUUGAAUCGAGCACAUAGAAGAUUCACUUGCAAUCCUGCUGUGGUUUGGACCAGCUGUUGGCAUACAGUGCAAGCACAGUUAGAUGAAUGGUACCACAUAUGCUUUAAUAAUACAGAGCCAUAAGAGGGCGUACUUCAUCUACUCAAAGUCCAGAGGAAAAUCAUUUGAAAUGAUCCCAAAUCAAUUUUAAAGGCUGUAAUAUACAAAUGUGUUAUUAUUACAGAAAUUAAUUACAGUCCAAAUACUUUUUUUUUUUCUAUGCCAUUUUCCUGUAGCGUUAAAUGCAACAUGUUACUUUGUUCCAAGAAAAUUGUAGCUAUAAACAGCUUGAUGAUUACAGCUGUUUUGCAUUUGGUUCGGUGUCUUAACUCUUUUGUACUUUCACAAACUGUAAAUGCUGUCAUUAAUUUACUACAGACAAUAAAUCUCAUGUCCGCUUCAGUUGUAUCACUGAAAUAAAACAA